CAGAUGAACUUACAAUGAAUUCGACUCAGAAGCGUCCACGCCAGUCUGCUGCACUAUGCUGUAGGACACGAGUUCUCACAACUUCGUGGCUUCUUUACAUACAUUCGACCAGACGGAUCUUCAGAUAAUAUUGUUGAUUCUCCCAACGCUGCUUCGUUGAAUUAGCCGAAUAUUCCUCCUGCCCUAUCAGCGCGAUACCCGGCCCCGACAGUGUCUUACUUGAUCACAUCCCUCUCGCUGGCAAGCAGCCGAAGAUCCCCACAGAGGAACCGAGGUGCGUCUCCAACCUCCCUGCUGCGUGAACAUGUCUGACUGCUUGUUUGUGCCGCAGGAAUUCGAUCAUGCCGCCGCCCCAGCAACCGCCAUCAAGGAUCAACUUGUCCAUCUCCACCCUAGUCUGGCACGAGACACCCUCGAAGUUUUAUCUUGACGGAGAAGAGCCCCAGGAGAUGGGAAGAUACGAGCUGGAAUCACAGCCCAUCAAGCUGCGCAGGCCUACCUGGUCGAACGAGAUGCGAUGUUUCGUCUUCGCGCCAAAGGGAGACGACUACGCGUCUGAGUAUGGAAGAGAGAAGUCUGCGGGUCGCCUCGGGAUCUUCCAUGCCGAACACGGUACCAACGGGGCAUGGGGCCAGGGUAGUGGCGUGCCACCGCUGCUCUUCCUGCACCGCAUCAGCAACCCGCGGCCGUACGUUGCAACUCUGAGAGACAAAGAUUUCAACGAGUACGAAGCGGACCAGCCCCCGUUCGGGUUCCUGACCUGCGGGGAGGGAAAUCCCAGCCAGAGCUUCCGAUCCGGCGCGCCACACCUGCAGCUCGACAUGCCCGACCUCGGGUAUCGUUUCGACGCGUGGGACUCGGACUCGGAGUCGCUUGAGCAGCCUUUGGAUGAAGAUGGCGCGAUGAGCUACGUUGGAUGGAGCAAGCCCUGGACAGGCGAGAUCACGUACCGCGUCAGGGCUGGGUCUAAGGAGGCAUCCAUGACUUGGGAGAAAGAGAUUUGGGACCAUGAGGAGAGAUGGGGAGUCAGGCUAGAGCUGGAACCUGACAGCCGCGCCUUGAACGGGAAGAACACUCUGGGAAAAGACGGGUUAUCGAGCUAUGCAGUUCGGGCGACGCUGCUGGAAGUAUACGUCAAGCCAGACUUCAUUGUAUCAGCUACCUUCUGAUAACUCAAGUGUAGAACACAUGUUGCGUGGUAUUUACACGCACUAAGGACAUCCGCUUGCUAGUCCUCACGAACGUGAUGGCAGGUUCCGCGAAGAGGGCGAGAGUUGUAGAAAGUAUCUUGUAUUACGUAUGUGGCUUUGGUAGCGACAUGCGCACGACAGUAUGUGCGUAUAAAGAGGGUAGACUGGUCAGGGAAUCCAGCGACAGUCGUGCCAGCCUACAUGCAGGCUUAUGAGAGGUUGGCAGCGUUGGCAUGGGCGCCUUAGACGCCCGGAGCAUUGCCGGAGCAAUUAUCUGCGCGAGCUCGUACG